AUGACUGAACUCAAGAACAUGAUGGCUCAAGUUCUUAAGGGACAGCUCAAGCAUAUCAAUGCAAUAGAAGGGAUGAGUGAUGCGAAUGAAGACCCAUCAAGAGAAUGCAUGGGAGAUUUCUCUAAUGAAGCCAAUGAAGAAGAUGUGAACUACAUUGGAAACUGUGGGAACAAGGGAUACAAUCCAAGCUAUCGCCCAAACUCCAACAUGUCUUAUAGAAACCCCAAUGUGGAGAACCCUCAAGACCAAGUGUAUCCUCCAAGAUAUCCACAGCAGCAAAGACCUCCUUACCAAUCUCAAGGAAGUCAAUUUCAACCAAGACAAGUAUAUGAUCAGCGAGCAUCAUAUCCACCCAAGGAGCCAUAUGCUUCUUUACCAAAUCAAGCUCCUCCAAACCAACAAGGUGGAAGGUUUGAAGAAAUCCUCCAACAGAUCAUGGAUGGCCAGAAAAGGAAAAGCAAAGAGAUGUAUGAGAAGAUGGACACCUUGUUCAGCAAUCUCAACACCAAGUAUGAUGCAUGCCACUCAAGCAAGGAGUAA